AUGAACUCCAUACAGCAUAUUGACGAGCUGGUCAAGGAGUAUCUCUUGUUUCGAGGGUUUACAAGUACCUACAAAGCAUUCGAGGCUGACAGCAAGACGGACAAGGAUAAAGGAUUCCAGGCAUGUAUUAUCGACGCGGAGAAAAUUAUCGAGGAGCUAUUUGCAGCCAUUGCGGCCAUGGACCUCAGCGCGCUUCUAGAGCAUUGGCGGUACCUCGAUAUUCGAUAUUUCUCACGUCUGGACCAUCGCUUUGCAGGGAGCGUCAAGAAAUUUGAGCUCUGUUUAUUGCGAUACUACCUUAUAUACGCGAUACAGCACAAGAAGAAGGAGAAGAUCGUCGAAUUUUUCGAUACUCAUGGAGCAGAACUUCAGGGGAACCCUGAAUGGGUGCGGUGGUUCGCUCUGCCAUUUUCGAAGAAACCCGAGGCGGAUCCAGAGUUUGACGUGUUCUUUUCGAAGGCAUGGCUGGAUACUUUUACAGUGUCGUUACACAACUUCUUAAGCACUGUGUUCCAGAACAUGCCAUUGCCGAGUUUGCUCUGCUUUAACAUCGAUAGACUUCAUCGAAAGGCGCUUCAGUGUGAGGUUGAGACGCUGCAGAGUAUGAUUGAGAACUUGCGCCGCGAAAUCCAAUCCAGUGAUGCCGAGAUUUCAUCUUUGCGGGAUCAGGUUGCGCUGAAAAAAGUGACGGGAGCAAGGAGGAGGCGAGCGGCAUCGAUGGUUGAGCAGCAAGUGGUUGUCAAUACGGACGUGGAUAGCAAAAGCGAUGCCAUUCCCAAGCGGUCUGGAUCUCAAUCGUCCCACCUCUCGCAAACAAGCCGCCUUGCUAUCUCGAAUGCGAGACGACUACGUGCAGCUUCGGACGCAGCUUCUCGAGCAAAAUAUGAGGUGGGAUCAGAAAGCAGUGCAACGUCUUUAUCAGAGGAAGAUCUUGCCAAGGUUGAGGAGCCAUUCAUUAUUGUCUCUCAAGAAAUUUUUCUGGAGCAUCAAUCAGGAAUCACUCACGCAAAGUUCUCGUGUGAAGGGAGCCUAAUCUCAAGUUGCGAUGCCGAAAACAUUGUCAGGAUCUGGUCUUAUAAUGGGUCCAGCGCUAUGCCACCUGCAAAGAUCGCGAGUACCAGCAAUAUUCUGUCUCUAGCGUGGGAAACACGCGAUCGAUAUAUCUUCCUAGGAACUGAUGUGAAUUUGGUCCGCUGCUUCAGCUUGGAGUCCAGGUCGAUUGUGCACGAGAUCAAGACCGAUGCCCAGUUUCCAAGCGAUGAUUCUUCAGGAGCGCUGCUAUCGUUCAAUAUGAAGUCCAUGACCACGGAGCACACUGUCUUGUUGGAUCGUGGACCUGGAGAUGUGAUCAACGCAGUGGGAUUCAACCACAAUGGACAGCUUGUCGUCACAGGGGACGUCGCAGGGAUGAUCCGGAUCUACGAUAUCCGGUCCCUGUCGCAGAUCAUGGAAUGGAGUGCCUCUAGUCAACCCAUCCUGUCCUGUACAUUCAGUUUCGAUGAGACCUCGAUCUAUAGUGUCGACGCACAGGGACAGCUUUCUCAGGACUCUGUUCACAAAUCCGACCACAGAAUCGAUUCAUAUCCAUUGCAAGGAUUCACGUCUUCAACAUUGUCUUCAUCCAUGAUGAUGGUUACGUCUUCCUCAAACAGCACCCGAUCCGUCGGCGGUACCAGUAUCCGAUCCAAGACAUUUAUCCGUACAACAUCGAGCGGUGGAUCUGCCAACUCGUCGCACAUCCCACGGAUACAGCUUGAGAACAAUGGAGGGACUGUUGGGAAUAAUACUACGAGCGGCGUGGAUUCGUCAAAUGGCAAGGAUGAGAGUGCUUCGGGUAGUGCAGGCGGGGCGUCGGCGACUCACCAAAGUAGUCAGCAGAGUAGUGCCAGGGGAGCCGCCAAUUCAAAGGACACAAGUGCGCUAACAGCAAUGAAUGUUGGACAAGGGCAGCUUUUGGGUUGGAGUGGCGAUACAGAUCACUUGAUUAUGGGAUGUGGGAAUGCUGGUGUUAUUGUCCAGACCAAUUCGGGACAGCAGGUGCAGCCCCUACUAGGUCAUUCUCACCCAUUGACAUGUGUGGAUUGGUCUGCAGUAGUAGGAGCAUGCCUCACAGGAUCAGCAGACGGCACGAUCCGAAUCAGCAAGCUGAUGCGCGUUUAA